GAUUUUUUUGUCAUUUCGAAAAUUGUUAGCAAACCAGACGGUUGGGCGUUGUUUGUUGUGCGGCAACUGGUUUACGUGUAAAUUGGAAAUUUAAAUAUUUAUAAGUCGUUUGGUCGUGUUUUAGUGAAGUGAGUGAUAUCGAAAAUUUCUACCGUUUACUUUAGUGUUGUAUGUAUUGUUUGAGCAAUAAGAAGGCGGAGUUUUCACAAUGGGCUGCACAUCCGGUGUAAUGAAAUUCAUUCUGAAUAUUCUGAAUGUUCUACUGGCGGUCUUCGGACUCGCCUUGAUCGCGCUGGCUGUACUGUCCUUCAACACAGCACCCAAGGUUUACAUCUAUUACCUAUUUAUUGUGGGUGCUGUUAAUUUCGUUGCAGCCAUGUUGGGUUGUUGCGGCAUUUGUCAGGAGGAUGUUUGUCUAACGACUACGUAUGCUAUCAUCAUAGCGCUUUCAUUGGUUUCACAAAUUGUUGGCAAAAUCUAUGCUUCCGAUUCGGCUGCUAUCAAAGAGUUUGCUGCGAAGGAUGUGGAAAAAACAUGGCUGGAAGAAAUUAAAUUACCUGGCGCCAUGAAUAACACUCAACAGACGGUAAGUUUCUAUGAUUUUUGAAUGGCGUAUUCAAGU